UCUUCGAUCGUGGAGACUGAGGCUGUAGCUUUAGAACCUGUCAUAUCGGCACUGGAGGACAGGAUAUCUCUCUACACAACGUUGGAGGAGACUUUCAGGGCUGGGAGAAAGUUCAUGUUACAUCGUCUUAUUGUCAUUGGACAUCUCCCUCACGGAUUAUUGGACAACCAAAACCUGAUAUGUCACUAUGAGAGGCUGAACCAGAGACUUCAGAGGUGUUGCCUUGGCGAGAGCAUCACAGGGCUGCUGCUGCUGUAUCCAGCCUGCUUUCUGCACAUUAUAGAGUGUUCAUCUGAGAUACUUGUGUCUGUUCUGGAAGACCUGAAAAGUUUGCAGGAAAAUGCUGACAAUUACCUUACAGUGGAACCCAGACUGCUGCUGCUGUCCCAUGAUCUUCCCAGCAGGCUUUAUUUUCAGUGGAACUGCACUACCCUAAGACUACCUGCCAGCACCAAUCUCCCUGAUACCUCUGCCCACCACAGCACUCAGGAACUUAUAAGCCACACACUGGAUCUGGCCUUAAGAAUGGGAAGCUACAUCCUAAAAAAAAAGGGGCCAGGUACCAAGCCUUCCCUGGAGACUUUAGAGGAGGAAGCACCUGAGCUGAUCAUCCCACAGGAUGUUUUGCUUAUGCUGCUAAAGAGAAAUGAGCUCCUGAGUCCUCUUCAGUAUCUGCAAGUUUACCAUAGCCCCCUCACUGUGCUACUGGACUCAGAACCUGUUUGGCAUUCAUUGGAGUAUCUUCCGAGCAUCUUGUAAACAUCAUCAAUUUCAUAUAAAUAAAUUUCUACCACAUCGGACUAAUAAAACAAAUAUGUGAAAGAAACAUUCAAACUAAUAUAAAUAAAAGUGCAUUUUUAAUCAUGUUCUGGAUCAUUUUUUACUUUAGCAACUCCAGAGUCCUUACAACACAUUUGUUGUCUAAAAGAAACCCUGUAAACUGUACUUUACUAAAAUCUUUAAA